GACAUGCCGUCUGAGGCAGUUGCCACUGUCGGGGGACAUAUGGCGGUACAGUGUCACGUGCGAGGUCAGCCGACUCCUCGUGCCAUCUGGUGGAGGGAGACCGAGUUCGAACCUCUUCUGGCCGACCAGGAGCGGGGGCGCCUGUCGACUUCUGUGCAGCACGAGCUGUAUAUCGCGCCGGUGACCGCCGACGACCUCGGCUGGUGGGUGUGCGGUGCCACAAACGCAGCUGGUUCGGUCACCGGCCGGGUCCUUCUGGCCGACUCAGAGCGACCGCCGCGCCGACGCGGAGCGCCCGCGCCAGAGGUGACGGAACGCUCCGACCUUGACCGUGACCUGGUCCACCUGGCAGAGCUGCAGGUUGUCAGACCCGACUCCGUGCGCAUCACCUGGAAGGUCUCCAACACCAGCCCGGUGGACGGUUUCUACAUCUGCCUGAUAUCUGGCUCUGUGGCCGGACGCGGCGGGGACGGGACCGGGGCGCCGGGCCGGGUGGUUCGCGGUGCUCCGGUGCUGCCCGGCCGGCCGGGCCCCGUCCUGCAGCGUGUUCCGGUGCUGAACGGGGGAGCAGAUAGCUACGUGCUGACUCGCCUGAGCGCCGGCAGGGCCUAUGAGGUGUUCCUCGUGCCCUUUCGACAGGGCCUCGAGGGUCGUCUGAGCAACCUACAGCACGUGCAGAUGCCAGAGACCGCGCCCUCGGCGGCUCCGAACGACCUCCAACUAUCAACUGACGGUGACAGCACCCUGAUCACCUGGUCGGGGCUGGCAGACAGCGACACCAACGGAGUGGUGCGCGGCUACAGCGUGCUGGUGCUCUCGGCGGACCCUACCUCGGGCCGGCCGCAGCAGAGGCUAUUCAACACCAGCGCACCGUUUGCACGGCUGGCCGGCCAACCCGACCUCCUACGGGUCCGUGUGGCCGCGUUCACCGCCGCGGGCGUCGGCCCGUACUCGGCCUGGGUCGGCCCGGUGCAGGGGUGGCCGACCAGCGCGCCGCCGCCGGCCACUGCCGCCGUGCCGUUCGGCGGGCCGCCCGGCGGCGGGUCGGCGCCCCCUGCAGCGCUGGUGGCUGCCCUCGGUGCCCUGUGCCUGGCGGCCCUGGGGGCAGCGCUGCUUACCCUGCACUGCCGCCGGCUCAGAGCGAAACAGCAACGCCUUGACAUGGCCGCCACCAUGUACGCUGACGUCAAGCUACCGGUGAUCGCUCGCGAGCCGCGGCCGGACGUCCUGACGCGGAACACUCUGUGGUUGCGCGACGACCUGUUCUUGACGAGUCUCGGCAACGCGCAGAGGUCAGCUCAGUCCCGUGAAAGGCGUGAUGAGCUACAGAACAAGCCACAUGAUCAGCUUGGCGACGUGAGCCUAAAAGGACUCGCAGAAGGCGGACCAGAGGCGGCGCAGACCAAGUUGGGACAAGAGUGUCAUAUCUAUGUGAACGAGCUGCCCUGCUCGUCCGGUCCAAGUUCUAAAGAAGUUCUGCGAGUGAGGAGGGCUCCUUCGCGGGGUAGGGAGUCGGUGGAGUUGAUGACCUCGGGUCAGAUCAUGACCUCGGGCCUGGAGUCCGAGACAGAGUCGGAACUGGAGCGACUGACGAGAAGAGUACGGAGUCUUCGACCACGGGCCGGCCGGUCACUCUCGUCAGACGGUACCAGCGGCCCUUCGGUGCCGUCCCGCGCCAGCCGUCCCUCGCUGCGACUGCGACACGAUCGCCGCGGUCGCGCGCCACACUCGCCGCAGCUGAGCGGCGGCACGUAUCAAGAAUGCUGCUGUUACGAGUGUGAUUAUCAACCUCCGCCGCUACCCCCGGACUCGAGUUACGACAGCUCCAGCAGUGACUUCACCACCCUGCCUGACCUGAUGACUCGCAGCGCGCCGGUGCGAAGCGCCCAGUUCCAGCCCCCGCACCCACUGGCGCCACCUGCUGCCGACCGCGUCGCACACUCGUUCCCGGCCGGCGCAAAAGAUGGCGCCACGCUCGCGACGCUCGGCGUGAACCCAUCGCGUCGCGCCUCGAGCGAUGACGUCGGCAGCGCGAGCGACAGCGGUUCGUCACUGUACGCCGAGACAGAGCUGAACGACGCGCCGCGACACAACGCCGAGAGUGACGUCAGCAGCGACGUGACGUCAUCACAGCAUAAACUCUCAAUCAGCAAGCCGCCGAUAUCAAGCAACUCUGAUGCCGAGAACAACUCGUCCGAGACGACACAAACCUUCAUCUGUGCUCCGGGCGACAGUUUGGAAAACUGCGACUUACCAAAGUCGCCGAUAGAUGUCGGCUCCGGCGAAUCGCUCCGUUCCCUCAACAAUGGGUGUACGGAUCAGUACAGCCCGUAGAUGUGUACAUGUUGUAAAUGUAUGCAAACUCAUUGACGGCCAAUGCUGUAAUGCUUGUGCUAGCGAGCUUUGAAGAACGUCAAACGUUCUGACAAUCUGAGGUCAGCUUACCGUUUGGCGGUAACGAGUGAACUGAAAACUGAACAUUAUCGCCAGCCAGGGAAGUACGGGGACCCGCAGUUGCUUCUGUACACGAACCCCAACUCUAGCCGUCUGUCCUGUCCAGUAACAACCGAUUACAUUGAUAUCGACUACCGGUCCCUGUACAAGAGCAGCUGAGGUUUUCUGUACGUGCCCUCUGACAGCUUAUCGUUGUUCCCUGUGAGGGUGCUGGGACAAUUUACUCAGGGUCGCUGUACAUACAGUAGCAACUGCGGGUCCCCAAUCAUAUCCUACGUAGGUUUAGCAGUCGAUACAGAUCGUGAAAGGCAUAUCAGUGUACGAUUGUGGGAUCUCCUCUGAUGGUACCGGGAGGUGUAGCAUUGGAAUAAUUGAAGUGAGUUGUAAACUGAGGGUCGGUUGGGCCAAGAUUACUGUUCCGUUGGGCGACUGUAUAAUGUAAUGGUUACGUCCGGUCUGAAGCGAUGUGUGUUCUGUCUGUAUCAGGUAUGGACUGUGCUUGAGGAAGGCCACCGAAGCAUUUCUAUCGAUGUGCUGUGCAAUAUAAAAUAACUCAAAGCC